AGCAGUAGAGGGAGCUGAGCAGCAGGUGGCGCCCUCCGCCUGUAAACAGACCGGCAGUCACAGAGUGAGCCAGUCAUGCUAGCUCUGCUUAUGUUCAUGUAAUCAGGAUAAUAUCAUUUAAUAAUCAAUAAGCACGGAGAGUGUGUGUGGUUCGGACAGGAGUCAGUUUGGGGGACUGGAGCUCGGACGGACCCGCCAGCAGUUUAGCUGUUAGCCGCGUUAGCCGCGUUAGCCGCUGAGCCUGCCGGAGGUCCCGCAGGCCGUCCGGGCUCACCUGGACGCCAUGCCUGCAGCCUGACAGAGCUCAAGUUUUCAUCUUUUCUUGUGGGACACCGCAGCUCGUGGACAGCAGGAUGAUUUCUCAGAUCUUCAUCUUGUCCUCCAAAGGAGAUCACCUCAUCUAUAAAGACUUCCGAGGCGAGGCGGGCAGCGACGCCGUCACCGUGUUCUAUGAGAAGGUCACAGCGCUGCCCGGAGACCAGCCACCCGUUGUCAUGAGUCAUGGUGAUCUGCACUUUGUCCACGUCCGGCAGGGCGGUCUCUACUGCGUCGCCACCACCGCCGCUGACUCCUCCCCCUUCACCGUCAUCGAGUUCCUGAACAGGUUAAUGGCUCUCAUUAAAGACUACUGUGGCAGUCUGUCAGAGAAGUCGGUGCGGAUGAACUUUGCUCUGAUCUACGAGCUGCUGGAUGAGGUCGUGGACUAUGGUUACAUCCAGACGACGUCCUCUGAUGUUUUGAAGAACUUCAUCCAGACUGAAGCCGUUUCCUCCAAACCGUUCAGCCUCUUCGACCUCAGCAACGUCGGCCUGUUCGGAGCCGAGACGCAGCAGAGCAAGGUGGCUCCCAGCUCGGCCGCCACCAGACCCAUCCUGUCCAGCCGGGGAGAGCAGGGCGGGAAGAGCGAGAUCUUCGUGGACGUGAUCGAGAGGCUCUGCGUCGUCAUCGGCUCCAACGGCGUCGUGAUGAAGGCCGACGUCGAGGGAGAGAUCCGAGUCAAGUGCUACAUGCCCAGCUGCUCGGAAAUGCGAAUCGGUCUGAAUGAGGAGUUCAGCAUCGGGAAGUCACAGCUCAGAGGCUACGGCGCGGCGGUGCGGGUAGACGAGUGCAGCUUCCACCAGGCGGUGCGUCUGGACGAGUUCGACAGCCACCGGAUCCUGAGAGUGUGUCCCAGCCAGGGAGAGCAAACAGUGAUGCAGUACCAGCUGAGUGAUGAUCUGCCGUCUGCUCCUCCCUUCCGUCUGUUCCCGACCGUGGAGAGAGACGUCGGGGGCAGGCUGCUGCUGUAUCUGAAGCUGCGCUGUGAUCUGCCACCCAAGAGCGCUGCCAUCAACGUCUCUGCCACUGUUCCUGUUCCCAAAGCAGCUCUGAGUCUGUGUCAGGAGCUCAGCAGCCCUGAUCAGAGCGCUGAGCUGCAGCCUCACAGCCGAGCCGUCGUCUGGCAGAUCCCUCGCUUCCCCGGAGGAACGCAGCUGUCUGCCCUCUUCAAGCUGGAGGUCCCCGGCCUCAGCUCGGCCUCCAUGUUGGAGGUGGGUCCGGUGGGCCUGAGCUUCGAGCUGCCCAAGGUGACGGCCACGGGGCUGCAGAUCCGCUUCCUGCGCCUGUCGCCCGUCCAGCCGGGGGCGUCGCAGCGCUGGGUCCGCUACGUCACACACUCCGACUCCUACACCAUCCGGAUCUGAGCGCCCGCCGCCGCCGCCGCCGCAUCCUGACUCGCUCAGUUUCCCAGACGCUGGACAAACCAAGCCAAACCACAUUAAACCAGAUCAAACCAGAUCAAACCAGAUCAAACCAGACCUCCAGUGGAAACAUGGAGACGCUCAAACGGCU